CGCAAGAACAAUACUAUAGUCAGCACGGCGCUUAUAGACAUGACCUCAGAAGAGCCUGGCCAAGGCAAAAGGUCUCACGAUGCCGUCGCACACCAAGAGCGAACGAAGCAGGAAGCCUCUAUCAAGCGCAAUCCGCACCCUGACUUCAAGUCCGUAGAGUCCUCGCGACCGGCAUGGUCCGAAAACAGCUCGUGGCAAUUCACGCAAACUCGGGAGCCGAACUGGACCUGGCGUCAGGGAGGCAAUGACGGAGGCGCUUCGUUGCAGAAGAGCCAUAUCGAGAUCGAUCCUUAUGCCGAGGGAAGGCCCCCUGUCUACAACUACAAGCUGCUGAUAUCCGGGAUAACACCCAGGCCUAUUGGUUUCAUCAGCACCAUUUCAAAGGACGGGUCCUCACCUAACCUUGCGCCAUUUUCGUACACAAAUGUGGUCUGCCAUGAUCCUCCAAUAUUCACGGUUGGCUUCGCAGGUGGCCUCGACAGGGCAAAAGACACUCUAGGCAAUCUGAUUGACACCGGCGAAUGCGUUCUCAACAUGAUAUCUGAGCACUUCGUCGAAGCUGCCAAUGCUACCUCUGUCAACUCGCCCUAUGGAGUGUCGGAAUGGGACUUGACCGGUCUGCACCCAGCGCCAAGUGCUCGCGUACGACCUGCCCGUGUCAAGGAGUCAAUCUUCGCCACCGAGUGUAAGCUAGUCGAAGUCAAGGAGUUUGAAAGUCGAGCAACCCCGGGCAAAAAGACAGGCACACUCGCCAUUCUAGAAGGUGUCAACUUCUGGGUCAGAGAAGAUGCUAUUAAUGAGGAGAGAAAUCUCAUAGACCCUGCAGUCCUGCGUCCAGUCAGCAGACUAGGUGGGAUAACUUACGGUCGGGUCACUGAAGGGUUUGAGCUUCUGAGGCCGGACUACGAGAAGCUGAGGGCUUCUGGGCCUCUGGCAGAUGCCCCCGUGUCCAAACCACACUCAACUCGUCAAAUGGACAAGCUCUGAACGCAGUCUUGCACAUGGUCGGAAGCCGAUGCCGUAAAAGGUUGAGAGUGCUCAGGGACGGGAGCCAUUAUACAACAGCGGCAGGUCCUUCUGUGAGAGUCGGAGCAAGACUGCUCUUCCGGCCCCGAGUCAGACUUGAAGAUGCUAUGAGCCCGCGUCCAGCCCAAUCCGUAGCCUCUUUGUCGACGUCGGUCUCGCCCUUUUCGAACCCCAGGUGUCAGUGGGUUCGACGAAUACUUGAGUCGGUUCGUCAGUAACUCAGGAGCAGAUUUGGCUGCCACUUUCAGAGUUAGGUAGGCACGUGGCAGACCUCGAGGUGCUCUUCCUCGUCUUUCGAACACCCAGGCACGCAGCCUGGACGAGGAGACUCUAGAGCUGUCCUCGACUCCAUCUCUGAAAGUGGCAUCGAGGCCGAUGGGUAUUCGUUUGGCUUCGGCGCGUGGUAGGGCGACCUUCGUUGGGAAGACAGAAGAAUGUCGACAAGAAAGGCGAAUACUGGUUCGAAAGGUGAUCGCGAGUUUAUAUGACUUUUAAACGGCUUAUUAAAUUCCCC